CACACUCUCAUGUAGCGUUUGUAUGUGAUUUUUAUUUGAUUUUAAUUUUGAUUUUCAUUCCAUGCUUUUUUCGCUGCUCUUUUGCAUAUUUCACCUUUUUAGAUACUUGUUUUGUCAAGGGUCUGGCGUGCGACACAAAAAACGACACCCACACAACGAUACCAUUUGCAUGCAUCGCGAGUCAUCGCUCAAUAGCUCCGCUUCGAAGCGUUACUAUUCAUCAACUCGACGCUCCACCUGCCAACGCCACAGCACCAUAAGGAGCCGUUUACAAGAGACCACUAUCACAAUGGUGACGAAUGGCAAUCAGAAUGGCGGACCGCUCACCGACAUGUCCGACGUUGCUUUGGCCAGCGAAUUUUGCGAUCAUUCAUAUCACUACCAACAACAACAUCAGGCGCAACCACCGCGUCAGCAACAAUAUCGUCAGCUGGCACUCAUGUGAUGAAGCCAAAUAAAGGGGCGCUGCCAUCAGGCCAAGGCAGAUACAAUUGAAACAACACCCGAAGCAACAACAACAACGGUUUGCUGCCCGAAUAUAAAUGAUGCAGUUGCUACAACUACAACGGCUUCAUUGCUGACAAGUUUAGGAACACCCGCAGGAUGUAUCGACUUGCGCAACUUAACUGUUUUGAAUGGACAACGCCCUGCAAGUACCGCCGAUGAGCCAGCGUUACAAGAGCAACAACAAAAUCAGCAGCAAAAAAACAUAAAGCAGCAGCGACGCAUACAUUUCCACCUCGUUGGGUGCACGCAAAUUUAAAAGCCCGGCCACAAAUUACAUGUUUCCGUUAAAGCGUGCUGAGGAAUUUAAGUACAGGAAAAUACAGGACAAAGGAUUUGAACCUACAUUUAAUGUAAGUUGUAUAUGUAUAUAAAACUAAAUGUAAACGUGAGUUUACUCGUACUUUCUUUGAAAACAACGAUUAUAUACAAUUUUAACAAAAUUAUAUUCUUAAAGAACUUAAACAUAAUAAAUUAAGCGAAACAUCGUAUUAUAUGUACAUAUAUGUAUGUGUAGGUAACAAAGUAUUUAUAUCAGGGUUGUACACUUACACAAAUUUUCACAUUUUUUAUACUUACAUUGUAAAUAAUUGUAAAAUAU